CCUACCAAUUUAUUAUAUGUUAUUAAAGUGUAUUUGCAUUGUUAUGGAUUCUGGUCUCAAUGCUUACGCUACACCAUGCAAUGUUACCAAUGUCAAAAUGUAUUCACCAACAGAGAGAGCAUUAGUUGCAAUAAGUGUAACUCUAAGUAUCAUCACAAGUGCGUAAAUGGAGCAAAAAGAAAUGAUUUGGAAUCUGGUGAUCGAAAAUACCAAUGGGUGUGCAGUUCUUGCCAGUUAGCUUUAAAAAAAGCUAAUACCCUCCAUAUACAAGAAGCCAUCAAUAGCCUAACAGAGAAGGUUGAACUUAUCAACAAAUACCAAAUUCCAAAACUAAGCAAUGAUUUAAUACAAGUGAGGAAUACUAUGGAUUGCCUAGUUAAGCAAAAUGAAGAUAUAAUAAAACGACUGGAGCAGCUCAAUCUAAAUGCUGAACCAAAAAAUUGCUUUCAGAAGAGAAAUUUAAAGUUAUCAAGAGAAAAGAAAAAUUCUAAAACAGACAGUGGAGGAUCGGAAAAAAACCGACUCAGGUCUAGACGGAAAUCACGUUCAUUGCUAAAACUACUUAUACGCAUAAAUAAAAAAUUAUCAAGAAGGAGAUCGUCUGGAGCACGUAAAUAA